AUGAACGCAAGCUAUUCUUACAGUCAUGCAUCACAGCCAUCGCUGUCUCAUUAUCACCCUUCGGAUUCCUCCCACUCGAUCGCGCAACAUAAUCACACCCACAGCGUGUCGUCGAUCCAUCAUGAUGCGCCGCAUCUCCACACCCAUAAUCAUGUCCACGACCUGGAACCGGAAUCUCCCAUGCAAGCGGAGUACAAAACGGAGCAGAUACAUGAGCUGCUCACGGGCGCCCUCAUCGCAUUGCCUUGGAUCGCCCUCUCUUGGUACCUGCGAAAAUGCGCGCAGGGAGAGACUUCUGGAACACAGGCAACUGCAUCCACUGGGACAAUUGCAAUUGGGCAAGUUGGACAAAAGGCUUGUUUUUUGACCGCAACAAUUUUACUCGUCUUUGGUUGUUGUCAAAUUGCGCGCGUGAACUACCAGCAAGGUGGACCUAUACGCUACUCUUCCAUCAAAUUCCCAGCAGCCACCCCGAAAACAGUCCAAGCGGCUCUUAUGCAAGUGUGUUCCGUCGGUCUUCCAAUCUACGCUGCCUUGAAGCUUGGAGGAUUUUUGGUUGCUUUCGCUCUCCUUCUUACAGCGGCCUCUGGAUUGCCGAACGUGGUUGGCACAGAGCUACGCAGUGGGCCUUCUGAGCGAUAUAGUAAAAAGACCUUUACUAUUGCCAGUCUGGGAGGGGUUGUGCUUUUAAGCUUGGUUGGUAUGAAUCAGCCGUGGGAUGCUUCACCGCUAAUGGGAUACGCGGCGCUUCUCAUUUCCGUCUUUGUUAUUUCUCCUCCUUUUCCUGCGCUGCGUCGCCAAGGACCUAUCUCAGAGCCGGGUCUCGUUGCUGAGUCUAUGGCUCAGCGGGGCAAGGUCCACGCUGCAAGCCAAUCAUCUGUUGUUGUUACGACUGAUGCGCCUCUCGCGCUCAUCACCGGAGCUUCUCUCGCUGGUCUUACCUUGCUUUUUUCUCGUGGCUUGCCAUUCGCCAUUUCAGAUCUGAUCUAUCUUCUGCCUUCGGUCGGGCUUUUCGCAGCAUCGCUAAUGAUGUCGUUUCCCUCGGGUCUUCGUUCCUCUAAUAAAGUCGGUCUCGCCGCCUGCACUGGAGCUGCGGCGCUUCUCUGCUCGCCUCAUAUCAAAGAUGAUUUCUUGGUUGUUUACGCCUCACGUGGUAUCCUCGUUGCUGUCUCUUUCUUCGCUGCCAGAAUGGAUGAUAGCCACCUACGUCUGGACGCCCAUUCGCACACUCACGCCCAUCAUAGCCACCACCAUGGCCAUUCUCAUGGCACUGCAGAAUUGUCACGAGUGACAAAGUGGCUUCUCCACCGCAGUGAGAAAUAUCCAUUGUUACAUAGCAUUCUCAAGGAGAAGGAUUCUCGCAGUAUAUUUUACUUUAUGUGCCUAAACUUCACAUUCAUGCUCGUUCAAUUAUCAUACGGUUUUGUGACCGGUUCCCUCGGUCUCCUCAGCGAUAGUAUUCACAUGUUCUUCGACUGCCUUGCUCUGGUUGUCGGGCUUUGUGCGGCUGUCAUGAGUAAAUGGCCUCCAAAUGCACGGUUUCCUUACGGCUAUGGCAAGGUAGAUACCUUGUCUGGAUUUGCCAAUGGUAUUUUCCUCAUGAUCAUAAGCGUGGAGAUUAUCUACGAAGCGGUGGAACGUUUGUCAUCGGGAAGUCAAAUGCAUCGCAUCGGUGAAUUACUAGCUGUCAGUAUUGCUGGCCUGCUUGUCAAUCUUGUUGGCAUUUUCAGCUUCGAGCACGGCCAUCACCAUCACGGCCAUGAUCAUGGCCAUGACCAUUCUCACGGCAAUGAGAACAUGCAUGGAAUUUUCCUGCAUAUUCUCGCUGAUACACUUGGCUCGGUGGCUGUGGUUAUCUCGACCAUUCUCGUGCACUACUCGGGCUGGGCGGGCUAUGACCCUCUAGGGUCAUGCUUCAUCGCCAUUUUGAUCUUUGCUUCGGCUGUGCCGUUGGUCAGUAGCACGGCGAAAACCUUGCUUCUAACUCUACCGGCGGAUACUGAGUAUAAUGUUCGUGAAACCCUGGCCGGGGUGAGUACCUUGCGGGGAGUUGUGAGCUACAGCGUUCCCAAAUUCUGGCUUGACGAUACCAGCUCAUCGUCCUCGGAUCAUGACCAUAGCCAUGGACACACUGGCCAUGGUGAUUGUGAUCACAGCCAUAGCCAUAGCCAGAGUCAGAGCCAUAGUCAUCAUCACCAUGACCAUCAACAUGAUCACGACCACGAUCAUGACCCCAGUCACAGCCACAGCCACAACCACGGUCAUGAUCAUGACCAUGAUCAUGCCCAUGCCCAUGAGCACAAGAACCAGAAGGUCCUCGGAGUGAUUCACGUGGUUGCCUCUCGUGGUUCAGACCUCGAAGAUGUUCGCCAGCGGACGGUAAACUACCUCCGCGAAAAGGACAUGGAUAUUGUGGUUCAGGUGGAGCGCGAUGGAGAAGGCCGUUGCUGGUGCGGAGGCGGAAACAAGAGUCCUUGA